AUGCUAGAGGUUGUUUUGGAUGGCAGUACGCGCGUCGCACCUGCAGUUCCUCGUCUUGUGCAAGGUUCUAGUCCUCGUCCUCCGCUUGUGCAAGAAGGUUCUAGAAGUAGUGCUCCAGUACCUCAAAAUCAGCCGCCACGACCUCAGCUGCGACGACCUCUUUUAGACGAGCACCUUGCACUGCCUUCGCCUUCACCUUCGUUCGCAUUAGAUGAAGAGGACGAUCAUGCGGCAGACGAUCAUGAUGUUCUUCCUCUUGUUGAGAAUAAUGAAGGAGCAGGUCUAGAAGAGCAGGUACGGCUUCUGCUCGCAGGAGAAGCGUCUCGCGAACGCGAAGUAGUACCAGAACAAGAUCGUGAGGAUGGGGAUCGUCCUCUAGAAGGACCUCGAGAAGAUGUAGUAGAAGAAUUAUUGUUAACUACCCAAUUGGCACGGCUAAGGACGAUCCCGGAGGAAGAGUGCUCACAGUUGUGCUCGCAGCUGUCUUCCUCAGGGCCAUCUUCGCUCCCUCACCACUUCCCAACGGCUCCACCAGCUGAGGGCGACACUAUGAAUAGUUAUAGGGGAGGUGGUUCUUCUUCUUCACAACUAAUAUCCUCCUCUAAUAUGGGUACUAUGAUGGGUUUGUCCUCCAUUCUUUCCACAACCUCUGCUAGUGCUAUUCCAUCAAACGACAUCCGAAACUUGCGGCCGAGUAGAAUGUUCGUCCAACAUCAAUCUUCUAGAGGACGCCAACAACAAUUUAGAAGAGGAGCACAAAGAGGACGAAGGGCUGGCCUCUUCGACCAGUCCAUUUUACAAGCGGAACAAGCGCUGCAUGGCUACGAUCCGGGAGCUACAAUCCAUGGAAACAUGAACAAUGCAAAAAUGCCACCUGCUUCGGCUCCUGUUGCAGCUGUCAUCUCGUAUGAUCAUCCACCAGCAGCUCCUUUGGCUCCUUCGGCUCCUGGCGGUCAAGCUCCUGAUAAUCUCGACGAGGCCGCUCGUCCUUUCUCUCCUUCGGCUCCUGGCGGUCAAGCUAAUCUCGAGGACAGUGAACAACAAAUGCUAUAGUUUGACUUGGAUAGUCAAAAAGAUCUUUCUCCAUGUAUAUGAACAAGGUACAAGAAAAAUAAAUUUAAAUAACAAGCUGAUGAAGUUGUAUACUGAAAAAGACGAGACUUGUGGAGUAGUAUUGUUUUGUUGUAGAAAGUCACUGCAUACAACAGGAUAUACUUCUACAGCGGAACAAGGGCGCUCAAGUGAGCAAGUAGUAGGAAAUUGCAGAAGAGAAAGCGUUCUUUUUCUAGACAAAAUAGACCAGCAGUCAAAUUUCCUGUCUCUUCGUAGACAAAGUAGAGGAGUCGAGUAAAAGUUAUAUUUCUGCUACAACAGUUUUCAAACAUUCACUCCUUUGGAUAGUUCCAUGCAGGUUUUCAGCCCACGACCUUUCUUUUAUUGCCUCUAAACUAAGUUACACCACCACCAAGAAAGUUACCACACCUUUAUAUUUGAUUGCCCAAGUAAGUUAGUACACCACCACCAAGUAAGUCACUACACCUUUAUAUUUGAUUGCCCAAGUAGUAGUAAGUUAGUACACUACCGCCAAGUAAGUUACUAAACCUUUAUAUUUGAUUGCCUCCCAAGUCUUCUCUUCUUGUUGCUGCUCUCCUCCAUCCCAAUCAAGAAAUCGGUUUUAUAAUUACACUCUCUCAAAGAAAUGACCUCUACGGACGUACAAAAAUACUUUCAUUUUUUCAAAGAAGGAUCGUUUCUUGAAUUCUAAGGCCAAUGAGAUUGAUUGCCUCCCAAAUGGGUACACCAAGGACAAGGUGACGCCAAACCCCUCUAAUGGUUGCCCUGCACCACCGCUUCUACACAAAUUACUGAUCUCCUAUG